GGAUAGGACGUUUAUGUUUGAAGGGUUCCCGUAAGAUGCAAGUGGACUCCGGGCCCAUUUUCAACUGCUUACCCGUUACAAAGAAGGAAAUUAAAUUAAAUGAGGCCCAGACUUCUUCAUUCAAUCAUCCUUACAAAAGCAGAGCCGCCUUAAAAAAAACAGAGAGCGCUUGUUUUCCGGCAACAGAGUCUGGUAAAGUAACUUGCCUUACGAACAAGGUAAACUUUCUGUAAGCUCCGUUUAGCUGCUCCGAGUUCGGUAAAUUACAAUUUCCGUAUUUGAGUGUUUCUUACUGGCUAUUGUAUUUUGGUUUCUUUCUUGUCAAAUGCUGUUGCUAGUUGCUACAAAAUUUGGUUACAAAGGUAUGUGCUUUUGAGAUUUUGGUUGUCAGAUAUGCGAAUAUAGAUAAAUAGUUGGUCUGGGUUCAUUUUGUUUGACUCUAUAUUGCUGUCAACAGCAUUUGAUGAAUUUGGUUUCCCGUAUUCUAUGUUUUUAAGCUUCUGGUUACCCAAGAGAAGCCCUGUCUUAAACCGUGGUUUUCACGUUGGCAAGCAUUUCUCAAACCCUAGUGCUGAGGAUAUUGUUUUCAAAGCUAUUUGUGUUAAUCUCAAACGCAAGAGAUGGAAUUUCUUGGAGCAAAUGUCACCCACACUCACAUCUUCAUUAGUGAGUCGCAUUGUUUGCGAAUUUCAACACUCACCUUUUUUAGCUUUAGAAUUUUACAAGUGGUUGCUAGAGAAAAGGAAUGUCGUUCUCUCAAUGGAAUCUCGUUGCACUAUAAUUCAUGUCCUGGUCAACUCAAAGAGGUAUGAUGAUGCCUUGUCUCUUAUGGGGGACUUGAUGAGUAUAAAUGGCAUAUCCCCUUUGGAGAUUUUAGAUGCAUUGGUUAAUAGUUAUGGCAUGUACGAUUCCAGUCCAGCUGUUUUUGAUGCACUGGUUCGGGCAUGUACCCAAAUUGGAGCUGCUGAGGGUGCUUAUGAAGUGAUCAAGAAGCUGCAAUUGCAGGGUUUUGGGGUUACCAUUCAUGCCUGGAACAACUUGUUGAGUCAUAUUGUGAAGUUGAAUGAGAUUAGUUGGUUCUGGAAGGUGUAUAAGGAGAUGGUUUCUUAUGGAUAUGUUGAAAAUAUAAAUACUUUCAAUGUGGUUAUUUAUGCUCUUUGCAAGGAAUGUAAAUUACUAGAAGCAAUGUCAGUAUUCUAUCGAAGCUUGAAGCAUGGUAUAUGGCCUAAUGUUGUUACUUUUAACAUGAUCAUAGAUGUUGCUUGCAAGAUGGGUGCCAUGGAUCUUGCCUUAAAGGUAGUUAGCAAGAUGGAAGUCAUGUCAGUGUACUCUAUUAGGCCCGACUCUAUAACUUAUAAUUGUCUCAUCGGUGGGUUCUGCAAAAUGGGGAAAUUAACUAUGGCAGAGAAAUUAAAAAACGAAAUGAUGGAGAAAGAUAUUGUGCCUAAUGUGAGAACCUAUGCAACUUUGAUAGAUGGGUAUUCAAGAGCAAGGAGUUUGGAGGAGGCAUUUAGGUUAUGUGAUGAAAUGAUGAAAAAGGGAUUGGUAAUGAAUUCUGUCAUAUAUAAUACAGUCAUCCACUGGCUUUAUGUAGAAGGAGAUAUGGAAGGAGUUUCUUUGCUAAUCUCCAGCAUGGUUGACAAUCGGAUACCCCCUGAUAAAUUCACAUAUUCUAUUCUCACAAAGGGUCUUUGUAGAAAUGGUAAUGUUAAUGAAGCAUUUAAAUUUCACAGCAAGAUUCUUGAAAAUAACCUUAUUGAAGAUGCAUUUUCCCACAAUAUUCUUAUAAAUUAUUUGUGUAGAAGCAAUAAUUUAUCAGGAGCUAAACAACUGCUGGCCAGUAUGUAUGUACGUGGUCUGGUUCCUGACAUUGUUACAUUUGGUAGUUUGAUUGAUGGGCACUGCAAGGAAGGCAAUGUUGAAAAUGCAGUUCAGGUCUAUGAGAAAAUGAUGAAGUCAGGUGAAAAACCCAAUUUGGUACUCUACAAUUCUGUCAUAAAUGGUUUAUGCAAGGAGGAAAGGUUGGAUCUUGCAAGGCUUCUCGUAGAUACAUUACUCAGGAUGAAUUUAUUUGAUGUCAUAACUUAUAACACCUUGAUAAAUGGGUAUUGCAACAGCGGGAAGAUUGAUGAGGCUUUUGCUUUCUCUUUUGCAAUGAAAAAUGCAGGAAUUGCAGCAAACCAUGCCACUUACAACACAUUGAUAAACUUUUUGUGCAAGCUUGGUCAUAUUCAACAAGCAAAGGAACUAAUGAAGGUGAUGAUCCUUCAGGGUUUCGUUCCUGAUUAUAUAACAUACACGAUUCUUAUUACCAGUUUCAGCAAGAAGUGCAGCCCUGAAGAAGUGAUUAAAUUACAUGACUACAUGGUACUUAAGGGAGUAAUACCUCAUAAACAGACGUACAAGGCUGUAGUCAGUCCACUUCUUCAAGAAGGUGUGGAGACCUGAGCUUAGUUUUGCAGAAUGAGCUUCAACAAUGGACCUAUUGUAAACAAGAACUCUGAAGUGUGAAGACUAGAUUAUCAAUUGUUUUCAGUUUUCAAUUUGAUUCAUUUUCCUGGUGAUUGUUCAUGCAUUGGUCUCCAGUGGUUUGAAUCAUGGCAUUUGUAUCAGCUAGCUGCCUUAAGUUUUAUGUUUCUGACAAGUCACUAUUCCCGGUUGACCCCUGCUUGUACUUUGAGAAGUUGAACGAGUUACCUAAACUCUCGAAAAAGAAAAAUAGAAUCAGACAGGAAGGAUGAUAUUAUUUGCAAAUCUAAUGAGAUUCUCCCUACGGUGAUACGAUAAGCGAAACGCUUCCAUGUCAGGCAUGGAUGAUGGGUCUCAUUUAAUGUCCAAACGGAAGACCAACAAAUUUGUUUCUUAUGAUUGUGUAGACCUAGAUACACUGAAUUGGACAAAUUCAUUUGUACAUAAA